ACAGCUUUCGUGAAUUACAUCGUGGAAGCUAAGAAAUAGAAACUCCCUGAAGGAGUUUAAGUAGACUCUUUUAAAUAGGAGGCCUGGGAAACCCUUGCCUUCGCUGCAUUACGAAAAUCGCAAACUUGUUUGGCUUCUGGUCACUGACCUGAUUUUUGCCCUCCCCCUUCCUCAUUAGGUCAUCGAGAGAGCUGUGAAACAAAGACUUCUGUUCAGUUCUGCGGGCCCGCGCUCUGGAAAAUUUCUAUUUCUGCGGGGUGUGCGUGUUCUGCGUUCCCGCGUUGGCCGCGACGCCUCGAGCCCUCCUCUGUGCGGCAUGGAGGGAGGCGUGAGGAGUCAUACUGCUACGUGUGGGCUCAACUCUGCCGAGCCCCUCCCCAAACAGCCAUCUUUCAUUACCCGCCCCCGGCCCCAGGGAUCGCUUUACCGUUGAGCCCUGCUGGAAGAAAUCGGGCCCUAAGUGUGGUCCCAGCUGUCAAGUGUUGAGGAGCCUGGAAAGUGGUUUGAAAACCAAGUUCUGCGCAUUAGUAUCCAUCCCCCCCAACUGAUGAUGACACUUCAUUUGUGCUUGAAGAGGACCACUUCACCUUCAUUGGAUACAGCCUUACUUCAGCUGUUAAUCAAGGCAGCAUGUCAGCUGAAACACCAAUCACACUGAAUAUUGAUCCUCAGGAUCUGCAGGUCCAAACAUUCACUGUAGAGAAACUACUGGAACCUCUCAUAAUCCAGGUUACUACACUUGUAAAUUGUCCCCAGAAUCCUUCUAACAGGAAAAAAGGACGUUCAAAAAGAGCCAGAGUCCUUCUAGCUUCUGUGGAGGAAGCGACUUGGAAUUUAUUAGACAAGGGAGAGAAGAUUGCCCAGGAAGCCACAGUUUUAAAGGAAGAGCUUACUACUGUACUUGAGGAAGUUCGCAAAGAAAGUGAAGCUCUGAAAGUAUCAGCUGAGAGAUUUGCAGAUGACCCCUGUUAUCUCCCAAAAAGGGAGGCUGUGGUUCAGGCUGCCCGUGCCUUGUUGGCUGCAGUUACCAGACUCCUUAUCCUCGCAGACAUGAUUGAUGUCAUGUGUCUCUUACAGCACGUGUCAGCUUUUCAAAGAACAUUUGAGUCUCUUAAAAACGUUUCCAAUAAAUCUGACCUCCAGAAAACCUACCAGAAGCUUGGGAAGGAGCUGGAAAAUCUGGAUUAUUUAGCCUUCAAACGUCAGCAGGACUUAAAAUCUCCAAAUCAGAGGGAUGAAAUCGCAGGGGCCCGGGCCUCACUGAAGGAGAACUCCCCGCUCUUGCAUUCAAUUUGUUCAGCUUGUUUGGAACAUUCUGAUGUUGCUUCCCUUAAAGCCAGCAAGGACACAGUUUGUGAAGAAAUUCACAAUGCCCUCAAUGUAAUUUCAAAUGCUUCACAAGGCAUCCAGAAUACGAUUGCCCCACCGGAAUCUAAGGCAGCCACCCUGGGAAGUGCCCUUGAUGAGCUUGAGAAUUUAAUUAUCUUGGAUCCACUCACAGUGACUGAGGAAGAAAUAAGACCAUCACUAGAAAAACGUCUUGAAGCCAUUAUCAGUGGGGCUGCACUGUUGGCUGACUCUUCCUGCACAAGAGAUUUCCAUCGGGAACGGAUUAUCGCAGAAUGCAAUGCCAUUCGUCAGGCUCUCCAGGACCUGCUUUCAGAGUACAUGAACAAUACUGGAAAAAAGGAAAGGAGUAAUACCCUGAAUAUUGCAAUAGACAAUAUGUGCAAGAAGACAAGAGACCUUCGCAGACAGCUCCGUAAGGCUAUUAUAGAUCAUGUGUCAGACUCCUUUUUGGAUACAACGGUCCCACUUUUGGUUCUCAUUGAAGCUGCCAAGAAUGGCCGGGAAAAGGAAAUAAAAGAAUAUGCUUCGAUAUUUCGUGAGCACACCAGCAGGCUUAUAGAGGUGGCAAAUCUUGCUUGUUCCAUGUCAACAAAUGAAGAUGGGAUUAAAAUUGUUAAAGUUGCGGCCAAUCACCUGGAAACCUUGUGUCCACAGAUCAUUAAUGCUGCACUUGCUUUGGCUGCAAGACCCAAAAGUCAAGUGGUCAAAAAAACCAUGGAAAUGUACAAGCACACAUGGGAGAAUCAUAUCCACGUCCUCACCGAAGCUGUAGAUGACAUCACAAGCAUUGAUGACUUCCUCGCUGUAUCUGAGAGCCAUAUCCUAGAAGAUGUCAACAAAUGUAUCAUAGCCUUGAGAGACCAGGAUGCUGAUAACUUAGACCGUGCUGCAGGUGCCAUCAGAGGACGGGCAGCAAGACUUGCUCAUAUUGUCACAGGUGAAAUGGACAGUUAUGAGCCGGGAGCUUACACUGAAGGCGUGAUGAGAAAUGUUAACUUCCUUACAAGUACUGCAAUUCCUGAGUUUGUAACACAAGUGAAUGUUGCCUUGGAAGCCUUAAGUAAAAACUCUUUGGAUGUAUUUGAUGAUGAUCAAUUUGUGGACAUCUCAAAGAAGAUCUAUGAUACAAUCCACGAUAUCAGAUGUUCAGUCAUGAUGAUUCGGACCCCAGAGGAACUGGAGGAUGUUUCUGACUUGGAAGAGGAACAUGAGGUGCGCAGUCACACCAGCAUUCAGACUGAAGGGAAAACUGACCGGGCUAAGAUGACUCAGUUGCCUGAGUCAGAAAAGGAAAAGAUUGCUGAGCAAGUUGCUGAUUUCAAGAAAGUAAAGAGUAAACUGGAUGCUGAGAUUGAAAUAUGGGAUGAUACAAGCAAUGAUAUCAUUGUUCUGGCUAAGAAGAUGUGUAUGAUUAUGAUGGAGAUGACAGACUUCACAAGGGGCAAAGGACCACUAAAACAUACAACUGAUGUGAUUUAUGCCGCUAAAAUGAUAUCAGAAUCAGGAUCAAGGAUGGAUGUCCUUGCUCGGCAGAUUGCCAACCAGUGUCCAGAUCCAUCAUGCAAACAAGAUUUGUUGGCCUACUUGGAACAGAUUAAGUUUUACUCUCACCAACUGAAAAUCUGCAGUCAAGUUAAAGCUGAGAUCCAGAACUUAGGAGGAGAGCUCAUCAUGUCAGCUUUGGACAGCGUCACCUCCCUGAUCCAAGCGGCCAAAAAUUUAAUGAAUGCUGUAGUGCAAACAGUGAAAAUGUCUUACAUUGCCUCAACCAAGAUCAUCCGAAUUCAGAGUCCUACUGGGCCUCGGCACCCAGUUGUGAUGUGGAGAAUGAAGGCUCCUGCAAAAAAACCCUUGAUUAAAAGAGAGAAGCCAGAGGAAACUUGUGCAGCUGUCAGACGAGGCUCAGCAAAGAAAAAAAUCCACCCAAUGCAAGUCAUGAGUGAAUUUAGAGGAAGACAUGUCUACUGAAACCACUCUUCUACUCUGGUGUCCAUAUUACAAAGUCCUGGCUAAACACACUGCUUUACUUUUACACUUGAUUAGUUCUGUAAGUUCACUAACUUUUAGAAUUUAAUCCACAGAUAGUGUAAAACAUUGGAAGCAACAUAUAUUUGGGAUCAUGUCAUUGUCAUCUCUGUAUGGCCAGCACCUAAUAAGUAAUCAAUAUAUGCUUGUUAAAUGAAUGAACCCUUUAGGUGUCAUUUAACCUUUCCUACUGUAGACAGUAUCUUACACUUAUUACCGAGUGAACAUAGGAGACUCUAGGGAGUCCUGUUCAUCUGUAACAACUUAAGUACACUCACCUUAUCAUUUUGAAUUAGAGCUUUGACAGGAGCUCUUGACUUGGUUUUCAAUGAAAGCAAAAGACUUCAUAAAAUGCUUUCCCAUUUGAUCUCCAUAUUUUCUUUAUCUGACCCAAUCUGACAGACAUCUGUGAAUCUCUGUGAUUCACCUGUAUCUAACGUCAAUUGAUUAGGGUAACCUCAGAAACUAAUCAAGCUCAGCAGUCAAGUUCAGCCUUGAUUAUUAAUGAAGUAUUUUUUUUUAACAUUAUAAAGAUUACAGUGAAUGUUGAUGCCACAAGUGUACCUUUUAAGCUUCCAUGGUGUUCAGAAGUUCUGCACAUUGAGUAUUAGAUUUAAAUGGGUCCUCCACAAUAGUAUAUGGCAGAAGAGUUAUCACUCGUUGGAGAAAUGAGACACCUAUCUAUAUUCCUGAGUGAGUCAUGAUAACAGAAGUAGAAGGAGUUCUGCCUGACUCUAAAAAUCCAUUUGUAUUAGCUUGCAAUUGUAAUUAAAAGGAAAAGGCCACUUUGAAAAACAUUUUGGCAUCGAGUAAAAUAUAACUGCAUCAAGUAUAUCAUUGAACUAUAAAGUAGAGUUAAUGGCAAAGAAGCUGGAGUGAUUUUGAUAACAUGAUUUAAAAUAAAAGUCGUUGAGGUCAUUUUAUGACUUCAAUCGCUGUACUUAUCCUUAGUUAAGUUCAUGAAGGACUUCAUAAUAGUCUUAGAGUCCAGUGCAUUGCCCCCUCCCUCUAUCCUCCCCUCCCUCUUUGCAGAAGUUAAGUUUCACUUUUCUCACACAUAGAAUUCUCCUUCACAACAUUAUAAACAUGUAUUCCCUAUUCUAUUUUAUCAAAAUUAUACUGUAAUUUUAACUUCACUUUGUACAUACUGCCAUUAAUGAGUUGUUUCAACAAUUAUCUUAAUUUGAUGAAGUAAAAUUCAAACAUGCAACAUUAGUUGAUGCCAGAAGGACCAGUUUGGAUAAAAGAAUGUGUGAAACAUAAGAAUGCACAAAGCCGAGAGUAUCAUGUGUGUGUUACCUUUGGCAAAAUGGUAUGGGAAAAGGAUUUAUUUCAUAGAUAAUUAUCAAUUAUAUGGAAAGUGUUCACUUUUUAUUGUAAUGAAUUAUUUUAUUCUUCCAAAAUGCUGAGUUGCCUUGGCUCAGCAUAUAAACAUCCUAGGAGGUGAAAGCCAUAGGUCUUUCCUGCCUUGCACUCUGCACUGGCCCACAAUAAUUAUUCCAGACAGAGUCCACUCCAUAAAAGAGAAAGCAAUGCAAAAAGGAAUUAGGGAAUCCAGAUAAUUCUAUCUUCCAGGACCAUCUAGAUAAGAAGGCAAAAAAGGGAGUUCCUUUCGUUGAAAUGCUACCAUUACUUUCUGUUCUAAGGUUAGAUAUUACAAGAGUGACAUCUAUGACCGUUGUUAUCUUAGAUAAAAGGGUGAGUUUAUAAUUUAGUUGAGAAAAUAGUUUUUUUUUAAACACCAAACAAGUAGCUCAAAAUCAUAAGUCUCAUUUAGAAAAUCUAAUGUCUGUUUGAUCCUAUGUCAGCUUUCCGCAGUUGGAGUUUAGAAUGCAGUAUUGAUGCCAAAAGAACAGAAAUAACUGGAAAUUAUACAAUCACCAAAUAACCUCUACAUCUUGAAAAAAAUGACAUUUUAUCCCACAUGAGGUGUGAACUGGCCUCUCCUUCAAAGUAGAUUGAUUUCCAGCUUAGCUCAAAGCGAAUUGCAAUUAUACAAAACUUAAUUUAAAAAAAUAACUUGGAGAAUGCCCCAGGAGUAAAGUCCACUGUAGCAAUCAAAGGUGUAAUAAGAAAGAGAUGCAUAGAGGUGAGAAAGACAUCUGUCCAGCUGAGUGAAUUCCUGUAGUAGGCAACAUUUUGAGACUUAGUUGGACUCAAAACCACUAAUAAGUGCUUAUACAUAAGAACGACUAGCAGCAAAUGCAUUAACAAAACUUUGUACUAUAAAGCAUAGUUAAAUGAAAUUUAUCAGGAAAUAAGAAUGUACAUAUGUGUUUAUAUUUAAGCUCUUCUGCAGGGAAAUGAUAGAAAUUUCUUAACGAGAGUGUUGGGUUGGUGGCCCAUCCAUGCACCUUUUAAAAUUGCAUCACAGAUUUUGGUGCUUCUUCCAAUGAUACAUUUGCUUUAACCUGCUAAUCAAAACUCAAACUCACCUUUUUCUUUUAGUGAAAUUGAUUUAUGCUAAUUUAUGUAGGAAAAAAAAUCCUUGAGAGGGAGGAGGGGGUUUAUACCACCUACAAGGAUAGUUCCAUUUUACUUAGUUGCCAGCACCAUAGUCAAACAUCAGACUAGAAUCAUAAUGAUAACUUAAAAAAUACCCAUGAAAUCAUAAUACACCAAAUAUUCUUUUAAUUAGAAACACGGGAAGGUUUUUAUCAAGCAGGAAGAAUGACAAAUAUAAAUGUCUCCAUUUUAUUUAUCACAAGUGGAAAUAAUUAGAUUAAAAUAUGUGUUCCUAAUGGAGUUUCUGGGUACAACUCAAUGAAGGAGUCAGGAGAAGAAUUCAAACCCUGAAUUGCUAAGGUAAUUUGUUAACGAUCUACUUUCUGUUUGUCUUAGAACAUGAGUGAAAACAAUGAAUAUUAAAAAAUAUAAUAUGCUUAA